AAGCUCCAGCAAGGCGAGAAGCUCCGUUACUACAUUUACAAGAUUGAAGACAAGAAGACCAUUGUCAUCGAGAAGAAGGGAGCCCGCGACCGGACCUACGACGAUUUCGUCGCCGACCUGCCCGAAAACGACUGCCGCUACGGACUCAUCGAUUUGGAAUUCAAAACGGACGACGGCCGACCCACCGCCAAACUCGUCUUUAUUACCUGGAAUCCCGACACAGCCAACGUGCGCUCCAAAAUGCUCUACAGUGGAUCCAAGGAAGCCCUCAAGACCGCACUCAACGGCGUCGGCAUCCACAUUAACGCCACCGAUCAAGCCGAACUAGACUUGGAAACAUCCAUUUUGCCAACCUGCCGAAAGUUUGCCUAA